CCUGAUCAACAAAGACCAGGAUACAGUAAAGAAUGGCAACAUGAUAUCUACAACGUUCUGUUAACAAAUGUGUGUGAGGGUCUGUCUACUGUUUAACCGUUGUUUGUGGAUUUACGUGUUUUAAACCAAACUAUACUGUAGAAUGAAUGGAUGCAACUUUUAUAUAUUGGUAAUUACUUACCUUGUUUUCAGUUUAAACUCGGUCUAUGGUAGAAGAAGGCCGGACGGACGCUGGGGGGAUUGGGGCCCCUGGGAGGGGUGCACGGCUUCCUGUGGGACAGGUAUUUCCACCAGAACAGCCAACUGGAUUAUGAACGGGAUCAAGACGCAGUACCUAUUUCACGACAUCAUGGAAUGUUCCGCUGCUGUUAAAUGCCCAGAGGACGGACACUGGGGUGUAUGGAUGAUGUGGGAGGCGUGUCCUGUAAUGUGCGGGGGAGGAGUUCAUAAACGCCACCGGAAGUGUGAUAGCCCGGAACCAACUUACGGCGGACGUGACUGUACGGGGGAUAGUUCCGAAAAGAGGCUCUGUAACAACCAGACUUGUCCAGCUGUUCCCAAGGACUUCGAUCCCUCUUUUUGCUUAACAGACGUGUUUAUAUGCAAAAGUGCAAAAUUCUGUGUAGCUCGGAAACAGACAUGUGAUGGGGUGCUGCAUUGUGAUGACGGAAGUGACGAAAUAGAUUGCGCCACUGUCUCAAAUUUCAAACAGCUAGACAAUUCUGGAUGUUCAAUGACCAAACAUACUGCUAGCAGAAGUAUUCAGCUCUUAUUAGCUUGGUUAGCGGUAAUCUACCUCAAAUACUGAAACACGAGAUUAUCGCGGUUUUCCGUAUUCCAAAAAAAAAAAUGUCUCGGACUGUGAAUGUCAUUUCUUUAAUAAAAUGAAUAAGUCUA